AUGGCUGACCAAAGUCCGCCACCAUCAGCAGCGGCAACUGCGACAGUCGGUGGAGAGGAUGAGGCAAAAUCACCGCCAUCAACGCAAUCACCACCACCGCUUCUUUCUUCAUCACCACCCAAAUCAUCGAUCCUCCUCGGAGAGCUCUCCGGCGGCGAGGACUCGGGCGGCGAGGAAGCGACGCCCAAGGUGCUGGAGACGGUGGACGACAUCCAGGAGCGGCGAGACACCGUCCUCGGCAAGUACGUGCUCUUCAAGGCGGACGCCAAGGACAAGCGGAACAAGUUGGAGGACUCGAAGCGCUACCAGUACUUCAAGCGAGACGCCGACGAGCUGGAAAGCUGGAUCCGGGAGAAGCUGGCCAUCGUCGCCGAGGAGAGCUACCGCGAGCCAACCAAUCUUCCAGCAAAGAUUCAGAAGCACCAGGCCUUCGAGGCGGAGGUGACCGCCCAUGUAGAGGCCAUUGAGACGCUGGACCGAAACGGACUGGAGAUGAUCAAUGCGCAGCACUUUGCGAGCGAGGCCAUCAAGCAAAAACUGGACGAACUUCACCGCCUCUGGGAGCUACUUUUGCUGAAGAUCUCCCACAAGUCGGUCCUUCUCAGCGAAGCGCUCAUCCUCCUGCAGUUCACCCGCCAGUGCGAGGAGGUCCUUUUCUGGAUCGGCGACCGCGAGUCGGCGCUCACCUCAGACGACUUUGCCCACAGCGGCGCCAAUGAGGAGAGCGCCAUCGAGCACGUGGACGUGCUGCAGCGCAAGUUUGACGAGCUGCUGAAGGACAUGGCCAGCGAGGAGGCCCGUCUGGUGGAGGUGAACGAGGGGGCGACGCGGCUGAUUGAAGAGGGACACCAGCAGGCGAAGGUCAUUCUGGAGCGACGCGAUGCGGUGAACGCCGCCUGGGAGCGUCUGCGAGGGCUAGUGGCUGCGCGCGGUGAGAAGCUGAAGGGCGCCCACGAGAUGUUCAGUUUCAACCAGGAGGCGGUGGAGACGCUGUGCUGGAUCGCCGAGAAGGACGAGCUGCUGGGCAGUUCGAUGCUGUUUGCGCCGCCUGAAAAAGCUGCAGCUGGAGCGGACGCCGGGCGAGAGACGCUGAUUGCCGUCCAGGCCGCCCAGCGAAAGCACGAAGUUCUGGAGCGAGAUUUGGCCGCCCUGGAGGACAAGGUGGAUGCGCUCUCGGAGCAAGCCCUCUCGCUGCACGAGCGCCACGGCUCCGAGUACGUACUUUCGAAACGCCUCCAGCUGGAGAGUAACUGGUCGGCGCUGAAGGAGAAGGCGGCCGAGCGGCGGCAGCGCCUGGACGAGGCCUACCAGCUGCAGAAGUUCCUCGCCGACUACCGCGACAUUGUGGGGUGGAUUGAGCUGAUGAAGACGGCCAUCGGCGGCGAGGAACUGGCGAAGGACGUGGCCAGUGCGGAGAUCCUCUUGGAGCGGCACCAGGAGCACAAGGGCGAGAUUGACGCCCGCGAGGACGCCUUCCAGGCGGCCGAGGCCGAAGGGCGGGCGCUGAUGGAGGCGGAGAUUAGUGUUAAGGAGAUAAGCGAAAAGCUGAACCAGCUGAACGACGAGAAGAUGUCCCUGGUGCUGCUCUGGGAGGAGCGACGCAUCCUCUACGAGCAGUGCAUGGACCUGCAGCUCUUUCUGCGCGACACUGAACAGGCGGACAACUGGAUGGUCAAGCAGAACACCUUCCUUGAGGCGGCCGACCUCGGCGACUCGCUCGAUUCGGUGGAGGCUCUAAUUAAGAAGCACGACGACUUUCUUAAGUCUCUGACCGCCCACGAGGAGAAGAUCAACGCGCUGGACGAGUUUGCGCGGAAGCUGGUCGAGAGUGGGCACUACGCGGCGGAGGAGAUCGAACAGCGGCGGGUGGCCUUCCUGGACCGCCGACGGCGGCUGAUGGAGCGCGCCCGGUCGCGGGCGGCCAUGUUGGCCGAUGCCAGCAGCUACCAGCAGUUCACCGUCGACUACGACGACACCAAGUUCUGGAUCGUGGAGCGGCUGAAGAUCAGCCUGGAUGAAAACUACCACGAGCUGACCAAUCUGAGCGGGAAGCAGCAGCAGCACCGGAACUUUGAGCGCGAGAUCGCCGCCAACCAGGAGCGCGUUCAGGAGCUGGCGGUCAAGGCGGAGCGCCUGCUGGCGCCGGUGAUGGUGGAAGAGAAAGACGACAGUGGAGAGACUGUCCAAAGAGAGCGUUACCACUACGCGGCGCAGGACAUUGCCGCGAAGGCGGCGGAGAUCGCCGGCCUGUGGACGCAGCUGACGGCGGCGCUGGCAAACAAGGCCUCGAAGCUGGAGGAUGCGCUCGCCGAGCAGGCGUACAACCGCGAAGUGGAGGACGUCGAGCUGUGGCUGGGCGAGAUUGAGAAAGCGCUGGCCGUGGAGGACUAUGGCCGAGACCUGAACGCCGUCCGCCAUCUGCUGCAGAAGCAGGCGGCGGUGGAGGCGGAGGUGGCCGCCAGGGGGGCGGCCGUAAAUGAGAUCAUCUCCCGGAGCGCCGAGUUCACCGAGCGGAAGCACUUUCACGCAGAGGCGAUUGCGGCGAAGAAGAGCGCUCUGGUGAAGCGGCUCAAUGCGAUCAAGCUGCCCCUGAAGAACCGCCGCAAGCGGCUGAACGAGUCGCUGCAGAUGCAGCAGCUCUUCUGCGACAUUGAGGACGAGAUGGCGUGGAUCGCGGAGAAGGAGCCAAUAGCGGCCAGCUCGAAUCGCGGCCGCGACCUGAUGGGCGUCCAGUCGCUGAUCAAGAAGCAGCAGGGACUGCUGGCGGAGAUCACCUCCCACGGCAACUCCCGCCACCAGGCGGUGGUCAAAGAGGCGGAGGCGUUGCUGGCUGCGGGCGGCGAUGGAAGCAGUGGUGGUGGCCGAGAGCACUUUGGCGUCGAGCAGAUUCGCGCCCGCCUCUCCGCCCUUCAGGCGGCCUGGGCGUCGCUGGUGGAGCAGGCUAAUCGCCGCCGAUUGGACCUGGAGGACUCUCUGGAGGUGCACCAGUACUUUGUGGACGCGGCCGAGGCGGAGUCGUGGAUCAGCGAGAAAGAGCCGCUGGUGUCGCCCAAGGCCAAGGCAGACGACUACGGCAAGGACGAGGACAGCACCGAGGCGCUGCUGAAGAAGCACGAGGCGCUGAUGGCCGACCUGGCCGCCUUUGAGGCGACCAUCAACGAGCUGCACGACCGCUCAAAGGCCUGCAAAGAGCUGGAUAGCCUCUCGCCCGGCCUGUCGGAGCGAAACAAGGAGCUGGUGGUGGCCACCGCAGACUACGUGGAAAAGUCGCCGCGAGAGGUGUCGAUGAAGCGAGGCGAGACGCUGACGCUUCUAAACGCCCACAACAAGGACUGGUGGAAGGUGGAGGUGAAUGACCGGCAGGGCUUCGUCCCGGCGGCCUACCUGAAGAAGGCUCCGCCGGCGGCGGUCGUUUCGACUGAAGAUCAAACUGCCACUUCAGCCACUCAACCUCCGCCGCUGACCAUCGCCGGUCGUCAGCAGCAAAUCGAAGACCACUACCAGUCGCUGUUAGCCGCCGGUCAGGAGCGGAAGCGAAAGCUGGAGGACGCCUGCAAGGCCUACCAGGCGGUGCGUCGGGCGGCCGAGCUGGGCCAGUGGAUCAAGGACAAAGAGCAGAUUGCCACCAUUCAGGUGGUCGGCGACGGAGACGACCUCGAGCAGGUGGAGGUGCUGCAGAAGAAGUUUGACGACUUUCUCGAGGAGCUGAAGGCCAAUGAGGUGCGGCUGCAGGAGAUGAACGACAUUGCCGGGCGGCUUCAGGAGCAGGGUCAGCCGGAGACGGCGCGGAAGAUCACCGAACAGGUGGCCGUCCUCAACGGCAAGUGGACCGACCUGCAGGCGGUGUCGGCGGCCAAGGCGGCCCAGCUGGAGUCAGCCCACGAGGUGCAGCGCUUCAAUCGGGACGUCGAUGAGACGCUCGACUGGAUGAAAGAGAAGGCGGACGCCCUGGCGGAGUUGAAGAUUCCGGAGAUUACAGUGACUGGAGUUUCAGCUGAACCUCAAACGUCGGAAGCGGUUUUGGUAGCUGGUGAGGUGCCGGGAGUUGAGGGCGUUGAUGGAGCGGAUGUGACGGUCCUUUCUAAGCAAACUCCUCCUUCUUCCCCUGAACCGGACCUAAAAGCGGUCCGAGCGCUGAAGCGCAAGUACGACGGCCUGGAGCGCGACCUGGCCGCCCUCGACGACAAGAUCCGCCGAAUGAAGGACACCUCCGGUCGGCUGGCCGCCCACCACCCCGAGACGGCGGAGACGACGGCGGCGAAGCAGGCCGCCGUCGAUGGCGACUGGGAGCGCCUGCUAGCUGACGCCCGCCGCCAGAAGGACCGCAUCACCGACCUCUACGACCUGCAGGCCUUCAGGGCGGACUACCAGCACCUGGCCGACUGGCUGGAGGCGAUGCUGGCGGUGCUGCAGGUGCCGCCCACCGAGCCGGCGGACGCCAUCGAGGCGGAGGCGCUGCUGGAGCAGCACCAGGAGCGCCUGAAGGAGAUUGAGUCGAAUACGGCGGCGCCCACCGCCUCGCUGGAGGCUUUUGGUCGGCGGCUGCUCGAGGCGGGCCACUACGCCAGCCCCGAGGUGGCAGAGCGGCUGACGGAGGAGGCCCGGCUCAGAGAAGCGUUGGGGGCGGCCUGGCAGGCUCGACACGCCCACCUCCUUCAGUCGCUCGAUUACCAGAACUUUGCGCGGGAGUGCGACCUCGCGGAGGAGUGGAUGGCCCAUCGGGAGGCCUUUCUGGCCGAGGGUGAUGAACCGCAGUCGCCGAAGAAGAAGACGUCACCUGAGGAUGAUUCAAAGUCCGCUGAAACCAGUGCACCAGAGGUGGUCCCUGUGGAGACGAUGAUCAAGCGGCACGAGGACCUANGCCUCGCUGGAGGCUUUUGGUCGGCGGCUGCUCGAGGCGGGCCACUACGCCAGCCCCGAGGUGGCAGAGCGGCUGACGGAGGAGGCCCGGCUCAGAGAAGCGUUGGGGGCGGCCUGGCAGGCUCGACACGCCCACCUCCUUCAGUCGCUCGAUUACCAGAACUUUGCGCGGGAGUGCGACCUGGCGGAGGAGUGGAUGGCCCAUCGGGAGGCCUUUCUGGCUGA